AUUAUGAAUUGAGUUGACAGCUAGAUUAGUUGAUUGCUUGUGGCACCAGAGAGCGUAAAAGCAAAGUCAUACAACCGAUUUGACAUAACCUCUCUUUUCGAUCUGCUUUGUUCAAGUUGACGGUUAACACAACAGCAAAAUGACAAAUUCAAAAGGUUAUCGUCGCGGUACCCGGGACAUGUUCUCGCGUCCAUUCAAAAAGCAUGGUGUUAUUCCACUUUCGACAUACAUGAAAGUGUACAAAAUCGGAGAUAUCGUUGAUAUCAAGGGUAAUGGUGCCGUUCAAAAGGGUAUGCCAUACAAAGCUUAUCACGGCAAAACUGGACGCGUAUACAAUGUAACACCACAUGCUGUUGGUAUUAUUGUCAACAAACGUGUUCGCGGAAAGAUUCUGCCAAAACGUAUCAAUGUUCGUAUUGAACAUGUUCAACAUUCGGAGUGCCGUGAAGAUUUCUUACGCCGUGUCAAGGAAAACGAACGUUUGUUGAAAGACGCUAAAGAAAAAGGCAAAUGGGUAUCAUUGAAACGUGAACCAAAACCACCACGUCAAGCAGUCGUUGUGAAAAAUCCACCAACCCCAGUCGCAUUGGCUCCAAUCCCAUACGAAUUCAUUGCAUAAAAAAACGUUUACGAUUUUUAAUUUGUGUGUGAAAGAAUAAAAUAACAUAAGCCAACAAAAUGCGAAAUAAAUAAAGUGAAUUUUGAUGCAAAUACACAUGCAAA